AGUUCGUUGACAGAAAUGUUCCUGAUAGAGAACCAGUGAAGCCAGCUGAUUUAGAGGAUACACCAUUUACGCUGGUUCAAGAUCACAAAGGCUUAACAGAAUUAGCUAAGAAGUUGAAGAGCGUAACUGAAUUUGCUGUAGAUCUGGAGCAUAAUCAAUAUAGGUCAUUUCAGGGCUUGAUCUGCUUGAUGCAGAUUUCAACAAGAACAGAAGACUUUAUUGUGGACACUCUUAAGCUAAGCAUAUACAUUGGUCUCUAUUUGCAAGAGCCUUUCAAAGAUCCAACAAAGAGAAAGGUAAUGCAUGGUGCGGAUCGUGAUAUAAUGUGGCUCCAGCGAGACUUCCACAUCUAUGUGUGCAAUCUUUUUGACACAGGACAGGCUUCAAGGGUCUUACAGAUGGAGAGAAACAGCCUUGAGCACCUAUUGCUUCAUUUUUGUGGAGUAACAGCAAAGAAGGAGUAUCAAAAUGCAGACUGGAGGUCGAGACCACUUCCUGAUGAAAUGAUCAAGUAUGCUAGAGAAGAUACACACUAUCUGUUGUACAUAUAUGACUUAAUGAGACAGGCCCUAUUCUGAAUUUCUUUUUUGUUG